AUGUUUACUGGUUUAUCAACAACAACUAUAGUAGUUUGUCUACUUGAAGGAACCGCACUGUCUAUAGUAUUGCUCGUACUUAAUGGAGUGGGUACUACUAUAGGCGUUGUUGCAUUUACCACGGGAGUGGGGGUUGGUGUGAUUAGCGACGUGAUGUUGAUUGAGGUAAAGGAUGGUGAAAUCGGUGGGCUUGAAGGCGCAAUUAUUGGAUCAAAAAAACCUCUUCUUACAUUCCGUGAUUCAAAAGCCGUCGCACUUCUUAUGAUUGUAAUUAUCAUAUAA